CUUCCCCGUCACGGUCUCGCCCGUUAUCAUGUUACCAUCAAAGAAGUCAGCCCGGAGCUUCGUCCCCCGCUGCCCAACUCCAGGCCCUUCACACAACCCUAAGGUUAGCGCGCUGCCUGAGCCCUCGCUGCCACCAACACCAACGAGUCCGGCAUCCUCAAGGCGCUCCGUCAGUCGCCAGCUAAGCCGAACGACAACCGGCAGCCACAACAAGCGAAUAUCGUCCAUCUCCUCUCUCCCUGCUUCGCCUACUGCCUCUCGGCGAAACGUUAGCUUCCCUGGGCCUAGCCAGGCACCUGCUUCGCUUUCGAACGGCACCGUUGUGACUCUGGCUCCUGUUCCACACUCGACAAGUCCCCUCCUUCUUAACCACGCGGUCGAACUGAGUAUCAGCCAGGAGGAGGCCAAGCCGCCUUGGGACUCGGAGCUGGAGCUGCGCCGGACGUCCAGAGUGCUGUUGCGCCUCCAGAAAUAUAGCCUCCUGCUCGCCUUCUUUGUUAUUAACGGCCUCGGCAUCUGGGGCGUGCACCCGCGACUCAUCAUGAUCAUUGUCGACGGCAAUGCCAAGGCGCCGGGCGAGACUGUCUCCACGCAGGGCUUUAUUCUCAACGACAUGUUUGCUGGGGAUGAGCGCCAGGACUUCGCAAAUGGCUACUCCGCCCGGGACGGCUUCUCCAUGCCCAAUACCAUCCAGCAUGGCUUUUACCAAGGCUUGCCCUACGUCGUCAUCGGCAAAAAGUACAACCAAGGCAAGCGCGACAGCCUCUGCUUUGUGCGGUCGUUUCUGUACCACUACACCAGCAGAUCCGAGUCCGUGGACACAAUGUUCAACCAGGAGGUGUUCAACUACCUCGGGUCCAUCCUAACGGAUCACGGCCUGCACCACGUCGACUACCUGUGCGACAUGGAUGGGGACACCAUGUUUAACGAAGACUGCAUCUUCGAAAUGAUCAAGGAAAUGCGCCGCGGAGGGCCCAACGUCGUCGGCGUAUGUGGCGCGGUGCUGGUCAAGUUUGACGAGAAGCCGUGGGGCUGGUGGAACCUGAUGCAAAACACGGAGUACAACCUAACCCAAGGGCUACGACGGGAGUUCCAGUCUCGCGUGAGCGGCAAAGUCAACUGCCUACCUGGAUGUUGUCGGCUCAUCCGCGUACAAGAGGCCACGUUUGGCGACGACGUCCUCCGACAAAGAUUCGGGCACGUGCCCAAGCCCAACAACACGAUUACCCAGCACAUCAUGGGCGUCUACUCCGAGGACUCGAUCCACGCCUCCAUCAUCUUUUCCCGGCAUCCCCAGUCGCAAACGCGGCAGGCGCUGAAGGCUCGGGCUUACACAACGGCGCCCCAGUCGUGGCCCGUGUUCUUGUCGCAGCGCAAGCGAUGGGCCAUUGGCAGCAAGUCGAACGAGUUCGUCAUGGUGUUCCGGCCGGGGAUUAUUUGGAUUGAGCGCGUGUGCUCAUUCAUCACGGUAAUAACGUGGUGGAUCGGCCCGUUUGUCGUCGCGGCCAUGAUUAACUUUGGCGUCGCUCUGGUUAGACAGGGCAAAUGGCUGUUCGAAAACAAGCUCAUGGUUGGCCUCAUGUCCGUGUUGGCGUUUCGAUACUUCUACUCAUUCAUGAUCAUUACCUGGUUCCCACACACGUGGAUAGCAAGGCUCCGGUUCCUCGUCGGCUUCUUUAUGUACCUGGUUUUGUUCCUGUAA